AUGGAACUUCUUUUCCAAUUAUAUCGAAGUGAUCGAAUUUACAAUAGAAGUUUAAAAGUAAAUGGAAUGACACAUCAAAUGGCAAUGUCAAUAUUUAAAAUAAAGACAUUUCUUGCUUAUUUUAUUUAUUUUGUUCCGAAAAAUUUGUCAGGCAAAAUAAAUGAUUCUGAGGGAGUUAAAAGAUAUUUUGUAUCUAUUGUUGAUCAAGCAAUGCAACAAAAUGAAAGUCCACAAGUUCUCUAUGCAAAAGCUUUAUUUAUUUUAAGCACUACAAUUAAUUUGGUUAAAGAUUUACCCCAAUGCAGUAUUGGUGUUCGUUAUAUUUCCAAUCUCUUUCCUGAUAUUGAAAAAAUUGGCAGGAAUAUAUUAUAA